UUCAAACUCCCAUAGUCCCAUACCUUUCUUUCCUCCUCUCCCAAGAAAAAUAGAGGAAGAGAUGGCUCUUUUCUCCCUAUAAAAUCACAGAGAGAGAGAGCCAGGACGAAACUAGAAGCCCAAUAGCAACAAAAACUCCCUUCACAAGGGAGUUAUAUAGAUAUAGAGAGAGACAGAGGAGAGAGAGAUUAAGCGAUCAAAAGGAGGAGGAGGAUGGCUUUGAUCAUCUCUUCUCUUCUUCUAUAUCUCCUCUUCUCUACCACUGUAUCAUGCACUGGUGUUUUCUUUGAGAACUACACUUCUCUCCCCUUUGACGAAGGCUACACUCAGCUUUUUGGCGACAACAAUCUCAUGCUCCUUAGAGAUGGAAAGACUGUUCACAUCUCUCUUGACGAGAAAUCAGGUGCUGGCUUUGCAUCACAAGACCUUUACCUUCACGGGUUCUUCAGCGCUUCCAUCAAGCUGCCCUCUGAUUAUGCUGCCGGCGUUGUGGUUGCAUUCUAUAUGUCAAAUGGGGAUGUAUUUGAGAAGACUCAUGAUGAAUUGGAUUUUGAAUUCUUGGGAAAUAUAAGAGGCAGAGAGUGGAGAGUUCAGACCAACAUUUAUGGAAACGGGAGCACAGGGGUUGGUAGAGAAGAGAGAUACAGCCUCUGGUUCGAUCCCACUGAGGAUUUUCAUCGCUACUCGAUAUUGUGGAGCCAUCAAAGGAUCAUAUUCUAUAUUGACAACAUUCCCAUCAGAGAAAUGGUGAGGACUCCAGCCAUGGGUGGGGACUUCCCUUCAAAGCCCAUGUCUCUUUAUGCCACAAUCUGGGACGGAUCAAAUUGGGCCACUUUAGGUGGACGUUACAAGGUGAAUUACAAAUACGCCCCUUUCGUCUCCGAAUUUUCCGAUCUCGUCCUCCACGGCUGCGCAGUUGAUCCCACGAACCACCUCUCCACCUGCAACAACCAAGAAUCCGACCGCUACAACUCUGUCACAAUCUCCUACCAACAACGGUUGGCGAUGAAUGAUUUCCGAAAGAAGUACGUCACGUAUUCGUAUUGCUACGACCGGGAACGGUAUCCUACACGGACGCCAGAGUGCUCUGUCGAUUUACGGGAGGCGAAGCAUGUGUAUCGGUCGAGCGGUGAGAGGUUCAUGGAUCGCCGUCGCCACCACGGGAAGCGCCAUGGCCGGGGUUCCGGCGGUGAGUGAGGUUGUGUUUUGGUUUGGGAGGUUUUGGGUAUAGUUUCAUAAUUUUUGUGCCACGCCUAUGUGUUGUUGUAUUGUAUAGGAUAAUAUUAUUGAGAGGGUGGUGGUCAAUUGGUUGGUGCAUUUAUAACAUUUGGUUCUUAUAUAUAUAUAUGUGAUUUUUGUGCCUUGGUUUGUUUAAA